AUACUUGAGACACCCAGCGAGCACACUGAUUGGUCGAUUACAUGCGGAGUCCUCGUACCUGGAUCACCAUCCCGUGCUAAACGGCAGCAUUUCCACAGCAUUCGCUUGAUUAGGCUACUCAGUGAGAAAGGACCCCUUCUUAGACCACUCUUCAAGAGCUGCGCUCUGGUAAUGACAGCCCCAGGCAAAACUCGUUGAUUUCUAGCGAGGGAGGUGCUAUUACGCACCAAACGAGUGCCCUAUCCAAUUAUCUGGAAACGCGGCUUGUGUUGUAAUUGAAUCCUUAUUCCCCAACCGGUUGUUAUGGAUGGAGGUCGAGAGAGGGGUUAGUUAGUGCCUGUUGCUCUUUCCUGGUGCAGCAUGUUGCACGGGGGGUCUCUCGCUUCAUCAGUCCUCAGGAUGGGCAGUUGGAGGGAUUGAGGACGCUGCGCCGCCAACAAGAAUAAUUCACUCGUUUUUGGAGACGAUACGGCUAGCAGAUAUCUUGGCUCCACCAAGCAAUACGUUCGCCUGGGUCGAUAAUUUAGGCUAUUUUUAGGAGGAGUUUGCCUUUAUUACACGUGAAGUUCAAUGCUGGAAUGUAAUUUUUAAUACGGAGUGUUUUCUUGUGUUUGGAGCGUUUUUUGUGUGUGAAGAACCUGCAGAGCAACUUUUGGAACAAAUUACGCAUAUGAAGAGGAUGGUGUUUUACAUGUAGAGUGAAAGUUUCGCUCUGCGCUCUGUUGGGUCAUUAUUGUAUUACAUUUUUUUUUUUCUGCUUUGCUAACCAUAUUCAAGAACGAAACAGGUUUAAAGUCCUGGACUGCAGGAGAAAUGGCCAGCGAACUGAAACCACGGCUUUGUAUCAUGACAAAGAGUGAGAACGGGUAUGGGUUUCACUUGCACGGUGAGAAGGGGAAGAACGGCCAGUACAUUCGCAAAGUUGAGCCCGCGUCGUCAGCCGAAGCUUCGGGUCUGCGCCCGGGGGACCGUGUCAUUGAGGUGAACAGGGGAAAUGUGGAGAAAGAUACGCACCAUCAAGUGGUGCAGAGGAUCAAGGCGGUGGAGCAUGAGACCAGGCUGCUGGUGGUAGACCGGGAGACGGAUGAGUACCUCCGCAGCCUGCGCCUCGUCUGCACCGAGGAGAUGGCUGUCCGUCUGGGGGGACCCACCUCUGUGUCCCCUGCCUCACCCCCAGCCUCACCGCCCCCCUCCUCGCCCCCGGCCUCCUCACCCGCGGCCAAGAGAGAGAACGGCUCCGUGUCCAAGCUGCCCGCCACCCUGACCAGGGAGGUACCCAAGCCCACGCGAAGGUCUCCGUCGCGGGCCGCCAAGAAGGUGUUCUUGGGUCUUCCUCUCUUGCUUUCACCCUGUGGGUUCCAGACUCCAGAGGCUGACGUAGAGUGA